AUGACUGGAGCAGCUGCACAGGAUCCCCGAUUUACCUAUUUUGAUUCAUAUAACCCCCAUCUGACGCUACCCCCAUCUCUACAAGCGCGGUUCAAGGACUCAAAAUAUGCUGUUAUCAAGGGUACAACCAUGUUCAUUUAUGAAAACGAACACAUGAGUGAGUGCCUUGGUAUCAUUACUCUCCCUCAUUAUCAGGUCUCCGUACCGGGGAACCAGAAAGACAGCCAUAUCUACUCAAAACGGAACCCUAUCUGGCUAAAAUAUCAGCCCAACCCCAACCAUACACGGCACUCUACUGCUAGCUCAGAUUCUAAUCCAUUGUCCUCUAAAGAUUACUAUUUGUCGAUGGUUAACUCAGUGGAUAAAGAGGAUCUCUACUUUACUCUGCUGCGAUGCUCCAAGUUGAAGCUUCAUUCGCAAUCGUGUCUGAGGGAGAUUCCAAAGAGGGACUCAACCUUGUUCGACAAAUCAGCCAUGAACACCCUGAUACGGACCAUCCACUCGAACGAGCAUCAAUUUCAGGCAGCAUGGCUCAACGCAGUCCUAGGUAGGAUCUUCUUGGGAGUCUAUAAGACACCCCAGGUCAAGGACAUGGUCUUUCAAAAGCUGGUCGAUAAGUUGACGCGUGUUCGUCUGCCAAACUUUCUGAACGAUAUACGAAUGAAGUCUGUUCAUCUCGGUGAUGGUGUGCCCAUGAUCACUCGACCUAAGCUUUUGACACUGAAACCUAAUGGUGAUCUGAUCAUGGAUAUGAGUCUUCUAUAUCAGGGUGGAUUUAGGGCCGAGGUUGAGGCAGAGGCUAUAGUGACAGUGACAAAGAAGAUUCAACCGAUCAAAGUCUCAUUAGUCCUUGCAAUAACUCUCAUAAGGCUGGAAGGGCGUAUGCAGGUCUGGAUUAAGCCUCCACCCUGUAACAGGCUUUGGUAUGGUUUUUAUCAAAAGCCGCAAGUGGAGAUGAAGAUCGAGCCGGUCGUGUCUGACAAGCACAUAAAGUCAAACCUGAUCAUCAAGGCGAUUGAAAAUAAGAUGCUUGAGGCUAUCGCUGAGACUAUGGUGCUUCCUAACAUGGACGAUGUCCCCUUUUCUGAUUCAGAAGGUGUGGGCGGUAUCUUUGACCACAUGUCUCUUUGA